UCUUUUUCCAAUCUCUGCAUGCCCUUUCUUUCUUUCUCUCGAUUUCAUUUUCACCCUCGUCCCCACCAUUUUCCAAUUUAUAAUUAAUAACACAAAAAAAUAACUUUUUAAUUUUUUAAUUUUUAUUUGAUUUUUCAAUUUCUUCAUCAAAUUCAUUCUCUUGAGAAAAUGAGGUGGGAAAAGAUUGAGGUUAAGGCGAUAGGAAGAGAGGGUGAAGGUGUAGUAGAACUCGUAUCUGGCCCAGGCAAAAGGUGGGGUCACACCUGUAACUCCAUUAAUGGUGGUAGACAUAUCUAUGUCUUUGGUGGUUAUGGUAAAGAUAACUGCCAAACUAAUCAAGUUCAUGUCUUUGACACUGUGAACCAGACAUGGAGCCAACCUGAAAUAAAAGGCUCCCCACCUACUCCUAGGGACAGUCACACUUGCAGUGUUAUUGGUCAUAAACUGUUUGUGUUUGGGGGUACUGAUGGAAUCAAUCCACUCAAGGAUUUGCAUAUUUUAGACACUUCUUUGCAAACAUGGGAUUCUCCGAUUAUAAGAGGGCAAGGGCCAGAGGCACGGGAGGGUCAUAGCGCAGCUGUUGUUGGGAAACGGCUUUACAUUUUUGGUGGUUGUGGAAAAUCGGCUGAUAAUAACAAUGAGGUCUACUACAAUGAUCUUUACAUACUGAAUACAGAGACGCUUGUUUGGAUGCGCCCUACAACAUCAGGCACACCACCAUCUCCUCGUGAUAGCCACACUUGCUCAUCGUGGAAGAACAAAAUUAUUGUGAUAGGGGGUGAAGAUGGACAUGAUUAUUAUUUGUCUGAUGUCCAUAUCCUUGACACUGAUACUCUAAUGUGGAGGGAGCUGAGUACAUCAGGCCAAUUGUUACUACCUCGGGCUGGUCAUUCCACAGUUUCUUUUGGCAAGAACUUGUUCGUUUUCGGUGGAUUUACAGACGCCCAAAAUCUAUACAAUGACCUUUAUAUGCUUGAUGUUGAUACUGGUAUUUGGACAAACGUUACAACUACAACCAAUUGUCCUUCUGCUAGAUUUUCUGUAGCUGGUGACUGUUUAGACCCAUUUAAGGGCGGUGUUCUUGUGUUCAUCGGCGGUUGUAAUAAAAGUCUUGAAGCCUUGGAUGAUAUGUAUUACCUAUAUACAGGUAUUGCUAAGGAAAGUGAACAGAGACUAGAGAAGUUAUCUAUGAAGAAGCAAUUGAAGCUGAAAUGCCAAGAAGAACAAAAUCUCAUUCCUGGCCAAAAUCAAGUUAUGGUUGGAUAUGGAGUGGGUGCUGAUAUUGGCCAGGUCAUGAGUGUGUUGAAUUAUAGCCAGCCAAAUAGAACAAAUAUCCCAGUAAAUCAAUUGCUGCCUUCUCAUGGAAAGAAAUCAUUUGAAGCCAAGGUUACUGAAAACAUCUCAGAGGGAUAUACUAUUGAAACUGUUAUUGACGGAAAGCCUCUUCGUGGAGUUCUGUUUUUAAACAAACAAAACCCUCUUCACCCAUCUGCUCAUGCUCUUAGUAGCAGGAAAAGGACUGCUGGUGAAGUUGAUGGUGUCACCUCAAAUGGUACACAUUCAAAUAUAUUGAAGACCCCUAAAGUGCUUAAGCAAAAUCAAAUGGAAAAUCGACAUCCAGAAUCCCUCGGUCACAGUUCUGAUGCUGUCGUUGCACUUGCAGCAAGCAAUCCAAUAACUGCCAAUGCAUCUGUUAACCAUAAGGUUGAACCAGAAGCUGCUUCUUUGAAUCAAAAUGCUGAAAAAAUUGAAACACCAACCUUGGGGGAAACCUUGAAAAAUGAUGGAGCAAAUCAUCCAACCUUGGGGGAAACCUUGAAAAAUGAUGGAGCAAAUCAUGUGACAAAUUCCAGAGUUGAAGCCCAAACAAAUGUUCAAACAAUUGCGGUGAUUCCUAACUUAGAACCUUCAAGUCAUGAUAAAAAUAAUGAUGCACCAAACUGCAACACAGAAUUUCUGAAACCUGUCACAACUGAGAGUGCUGUGAAUUUUUCAAAUCAAGGUGCAGUGGUGGAUUCUACAACUCCAAGAACAGGAGAGUGCAGCGAACCAACAAAAUGAAUUUGAGCUGAGGAGAAGGAAAAUGAAGACCUUGUUUUACUUUGCAUUUGUACAUACCUCAUUUUCUAAAGGGUGAUCAUAAAGGUCAAUCAAUAUAACCGGUGGUAUUGGUAUAGGCUAACAUCGUCAAAUGGUCGGUCGGAAACACUAUUGUGUCGACACCGUUUGAUCUGCAUUUUUUGUUGAACAAGAAACCAUGAUUACCUUAGGUGUAGGUAGUGAUAAAAAGUAGUCUUUAGUUUGAAACCAUAGAGUUAUCAUCUAUUUAUUAUUUCCAUUCAUGCUUCUUUCUUUCAUUGCUAAGAAAGAAAAUUUUGUUAGAAGCUUUACUUUCCAUUCUGCUAUCAGGUCAUAGAAUGAAACCUUAUUUUCAUUAUUUUAAAAUUAGAUCAAACUUGAUCUUAUAUGUUUUGAGACUUGUUGAUGACAUGCUGACAGAAAUAUAUGAAUUUCUUUGUUGCUUGGAA